AUGAGGCCCUAUAGAUUUAUUUGGAUUGUUACCAGACGAUGUCAAAAUGCACGGACAAUUUUCAACUGUCAAAAAAAAUUUCAUUUAGAAUCUAUUAAAAAUUAUCAAUUUAAUAGAACAUGUACAAUAAAUCAAAAUAAAUUUGAAGAAUGGAGACAAUUAAAAAAAUUGUCUUAUCCAAAAAGAUCGACUUUUUGGAAAAAAAAAAUUUGCCUCAAAAAAUUUUUUAUCUUUGCAUUACCAAAUAUUCGAUAUGCUAUCACUGUUGCUUCAAUAGAUAAUAAUACACAAUCUGAUAAAAUCCAAUACACAAAACCAUCACUGCAACUUAUACAAGAGCACACUUCAACUAUUCAUAAUGAUUCUCCUAAUAUGAUAAAGAGUUGGAUAAAUCAUAUUAUUAUAUUUAUAUCAGAAAAUUUUGUUGAGCCACUUUUAAUUGCUUGCAGAUUUACAUAUUUGUUGAUUUUAUUUUUACCAUUGAUCAUUGGAUCACCGAUCAUCUUCUUUGGAUCAAUAUUACCCGAACAUGGCAAUGAAAGGGCAGGAACUAUCUUGUGGUAUAGAAUACUGGUCCGUCAAAUGGAAUCGGCUGGACCAACAUUUAUAAAGCUUGCGCAAUGGGCUGCCUCAAGAACUGAUAUAUUUCCUCAAGAGAUGUGCAGCCGUCUGUCAAAACUUCAUUCGUCUGUAGGUGCACAUCCAUUUAAUGAUACGAAACGAAUCGUUGAAAAAGCAUUUAAUAAACCAUUUCAUGAAAUUUUUUCGGAAUUUGAUGAGAUACCAAUUGGGAUUGGUGCUAUUGCACAAGUAUAUAAAGCUAAAAUUCAUCCUGAGAUACUUCCCACAGAAUAUUAUAAGAAUUAUCAAGAAGAUUCAAGAGCUAUAUCCAAAAAACAAUUUAAGGUCCCCACUGGAUUUCCUACAGUCGCUGUUAAAGUACUACAUCCAACGGCUGAAAAAACUAUUCAACGAGAUCUUAAAAUCCUGAUGUUUUUUGCAAAAUUAAUUAAUUCUCUUCCUAAUAUGCAAUGGCUUUCUCUUCCUGAAGAAGUUUCAAAAUUUGGAGAAAUGAUGGGUGAUCAAUUAGACUUAAGAAUCGAAGCGACAAAUUUAUUGAAUUUUCAAAAGAAUUUUAAAAAUAAUAGAUUCGUGAAAUUUCCAAUGCCCGUCGUAGAAUAUUCUACAAAGGAUAUACUAAUUGAAGAAUUUGAAGAAGGAUUACCUGUUAAAUUGAUUCUUAAACAAGGUGGUGAAGUAUACGACAAUGUGAUUGCAAAUACUGGCAAGUUUUUA